AUGUUUCACUUUCUCUCCAAGUCAUUUUUUAUUUAUUUCUCCUCUUCAUGUAUUUUCUCCCUUAUUUUCAUUUGGAUAUUAUCGCUUUCACUUUCUCUCUGUACCUUUCACCUUUUCUCUCUUUGUGCAACUCUAUUACUCUCAUCUCCUCUCUCUCUCUCUUUCUGUCACUUCUCCACUCUCUCUCUUUCUGUCACUUCUCUGCUCUCUCUCUCUCUCUUUCUGUCACUUCUCUGCUCUCUCUCUCUCUUUCUGUCACUUCUCUGCUCUCUCUCUCUCUCUUUCUGUCACUUCUCUGCUCUCUCUCUCUCUCUGUCACUUCUCUGCUCUCUCUCUCUCUUUCUGUCACUUCUCUCUCUCUCUCUUUUCUGUCACUUCUCUGCUCUCUCUCUCUCUUUCUGUCACUUCUCUGCUCUCUCUCUCUCUCUCUGUCACUUCUCUGCUCUCUCUCUCUCUUUCUGUCACUUCUCUGCUCUCUCUCUCUCUCUCUCUCUCUCUCUCUGUCCUUCUCUCUCUCUCUCUCUCUUUCUGUCACUUCUCUGCUCUCUCUCUCUCUCUCUCUCACUUUUCUGCUUCUCUCUCUCUCUCUCUUUCUGUCACUUCUCUUCUCUCUCUCUUUCUGUCACUUCUCUGCUCUCUAUCUCUCUUUCUGUCACUUCUCUGCUCUCUUUCUGUCCUUCUUCUCUGCUUCUUUCUGUCUCUCUCUUUCUGUCCUUCUCUUCUCUCUCUCUCUCUCUGUCCUUCUCUGCUCUCUCUCUCUUUCUCUCUCUUUCUCUCUCUCUCUGUUCUCUCUCUCUCUCUCUCUUUCUGUCACUUCUCUGUUCUCUCUCUCUCUCUUUCUGUCUUCUCUCCUCUCUUCACUUCCCCUCUCUCUCUCUCUCUCUCUUUCUGUCCCUUCUCUCUGUCUCUCUCUUUCUCUCUUUCUGCCUCUUCUCCUCUUUCCCUCUCUUUCUGCCUCUUCUCUCUCUCUCUCUUUCUGCCUCUUCUCUCUCUCUCUCUUUCUGCCUCUUCUGCUCUCUUUCUCUCUUUCUGCCUCUUCUCCCCUCUUCUCUUUCUGCUUCCUCUUUCUCUCUUUCUGUCUCUGCAUUUUCUUUUCUCUUUUCUCUUCCCUUUUUCUUUUCUCUUUUGCUUCCUCUUAUUUUUCUCAUUUCUAUUUUUUUUCAUUGUCCUCUCCCCAUUUUUUCUUCACUUUUUUUCUCUCUCACUUUCUUGUUUUCCUCUUUUCCCAUUGCUUUUUGCCCCCCUCCACUAUUCCUACUGAUUUCUAGUUCCUACCUCUUUCUUCUUUGUUUUCAAGUUCCUCUCCUCUUUCUCCCUCACUUUUCUUCUUUCUCCCUUCCUUUCUACUUUUCCCCUUUGGUUUCUUCUUUUUCUUUUCCUCUUUUCUGCUUGAUUUCUUCUUUUCUUUUUCCCCCUUGCUUUCUUCUUUUCCUCUUUCUCCUUCAUUUUCUUCUUCUUCUUUUCCUCUUUCUCCUUCAUUUUCUUCUUCUUCUUUUCCUCUUUCUCCUUCAUUUUCUUCUUCUUCUUUUCCUCUUUCUCCCUCACUUUCUUCUUCUUUUCCUCUUUCUCCCUCACUUUCUUCUUCUUUUCCUCUUUCUCCCUCACUUUCUUCUUCCUCCUCCUCUCCUUGUUGUGUUCUGCUGA